CGGGUGCUUAGGACUGGUAGUGUUGGCCUGCAGGACUGAGAUCCUAGCCAGGGCAGCAGCAGUUCUGGUCAGUAUGAUACACCCUGAAGUGGUUCUGGGAAUCUUCUCUAGAAGCUACAAGGGAAGGUAAGAACAACAUGUUGGGAAAUGAACAGCACUGAGAUCUCCUAAAUGACAACGGAUCAGUGCUUUUCAAAUGGCGAUGGGGCUCAGCUUCCAGCAGGUAGACAGGUAAGCCAUCCUUCAAGCUCAGCCCCUCCUGACGCCCUUGAGCCCACAUCCACAGCUUCUCCCGUGGGCUCUCUAGUCCUUCUCCUGUCCUCUAUAAAGCACCUUCUAGGUCCAGCUGCAGACAGGGUGUAGUAGCCAGGAAGGAUCUGACCCCUUUGGCCGGACAUAGCAACAGGUGUGCUGAAAGAUGAGCCACUAAACAUGAUCCUGUGCUCCGGGAGGGGGGAGCAGCUCGGUUUCAGCCCCUCGCGUCUGCAAGCAUGACUGAGCGGCUUUAUAUAGCCCCGCAAGCUCUAUAUAAGCUGGAAUUGAGGUUCUGUCAAGCCAGAGAGCCUACACACUGAUCUGGUCUGGCUGGCAUACUUCCCAUUCAUACCUACUGAAGUAGGGUCCCCACAGAGAUAGUCCAUCCUAACCCCCGGGAUGCCCAGCAGAACUGCCCGCUAUGCUCGCUAUAGCCCCAGACAGCGGCGGCGGCGGCUGCUGGCUGAUCGCAGUGUGCGUUUCCCUAAUGAUGUUCUCUUCUUGGACCACAUCCGUCAAGGUGACUUGGAGCAGGUGGGGCGCUUUAUCCGGGCUCGGAAAGUCUCCUUGGACACUAUCCACCCCUCAGGCCUGGCUGCUCUGCAUGAAGCUGUGCUCUCUGGAAACCUGGACUGUGUGAAGUUGCUGGUCAAAUAUGGUGCGGACAUUCACCAGCGAGAUGAGACUGGCUGGACACCUCUGCAUAUCGCUUGCAGCGAUGGGUACCCUGACAUAGCCAGGUAUCUCAUCUCUUUGGGAGCAGACAGGGAUGCAGCCAACGACGAUGGCGAUCUGCCUUCCGACCUUAUUGACCCAGACUUCAAGGACUUGGUGGAACUCUUCAAAGGAACCAGCAUGGACUGAGCCAGCCCUUGGGUUUGUGCCUCCCUGGAGGAGAAGCAAGCACCUUGCCCUAGGGGCCAAGGUGUGCCCA